UAUAUAUACCGCAGGAACGACUGGAACUGUCAGUCAUAACGAUAUAGUUAAGUUAAAAAUUAGUACUUAGUUAGUCGUACCACCAUGAGGUUUUUCAAAUACAUGAUAGUGUUGAUCUCCAUCGUCGUUCUGGCUUUCGCAGAGGAGGAAGAAGAAAACGCGAUUGCCCCCGAAGCGAAAAAGACAACUAAACGUGGCAUAUACGGAUUGGGCUACGGCGGACUGGGCUACGGCCACGGCUACGGUCACGGCUACGGACAUGGCUACGGCCAUUACCCGUCAUAUUACAGCUCAUACUACUACAGUCCUCUCUACUAUAAAGGUUAUGGCGGGCAUGGUUAUUAUGGCUCGGGGCAUGGAUAUGGGUACUAUCCGUACUUUUCUCACAGCUACCACGGAUAUGGAGGCUAUGGAGGGUUAUACCAUGGAUGGUAACUGGAAUAUUAGCAGCAAUAAGUACAAUUUUCUAAAGCAAGGAUGUUUG